AUGAUUAGAACUAAUAGAACUAAAAAAAGAAAAAUUAAUCGGGAGCUACAUGAUAUUCAAACAAUAUACUCGGCAAGAGACACAAAUGUUGAAAGCAGUGAACCGGAUUUUGCAAAUGAAGUCUUGCUCUCUACAAAUGGUCUAAUACUUCCAUCAAUGUCUAAUACUUUUUGCCAAAAUAAUACAACCAAAACCACAUAUAUUACAUCUUCUAUAAAUUCAGAAGUUGAAACCCAAGAAGGGGAGGUAGUAAUACAAAAUGAAGAUGAGGUUGUAAUACAACAACAAAUUGAGGUGGUACAAAGAAUUGAAACAAUCAGUACUUUUAAAGAGGAUUUGAUUGCUUGGGCCAUUGAGUGUAAAGUUUGUCAAAGUACUGUAAAUAAAUUGUUGAAGAUCAUGAAAAAAAGAAAUACUAUAAAUACUGAUAAUCUUCCUAGUGACUGUAGAACACUUUUACAAACACCUAUAACAUUAAGUGCUAAUAUUCGUAAUGUUGAUCCUGCAAGUUGUUAUCAUUUUGGAUUGGCAGCAGGGAUUAAAAGAUAUGAUACAUCUAAUUUGAAUGACAUAAAAAUUGCUAUUGGCAUUGACGGUUUGCCCUUAGCUAAGAGUAGCAACAGCCAAUUUUGGCCAAUUUUGGCAUUUAUUGUUGAUGAGGCAAAAUAUGUAUUUCCCAUAGGAGUUUAUCACGGAAAUGCUAAACCAAUGGACAGCAAUGAUUUUUUGGCAGAUUUCAUUACUGAAAUUAAAGAUCUUUUGGUUAAUGGCAUUAAUAUUGAUGGUUCUAAUAAAAAAGUAUCUAUUCAUGUUUUUGUGUGUGAUGCGCCGGCAAAAUCGUUUGUCUUGAAAAUAAAAGGACACUCUGGAUUUUAUUCGUGUACUCGAUGUACUCAAGAAGGUGAGUAUUUUAAGAACAGAGUGUGUUUUCCUUAUUCUAAAGAGAAAUCAGAUGAAAGAACCCAUGAAGCUUAUCUUAAUAUGUUAAACGAAGAACAUCAUGUUGGAAAUACAUUAUCACAACUUGUAGAAUUGCCAGGAUUGGAUUUGAUCCAAACAUUUUCAUUAGACUAUAUGCAUUUAGUUUGUCUGGGAGCUGUACGGAAACUUAUUUUACUCUAG